CCGGUAAGCCUACUUGUCAUCAACGAUAUUAAAAUGGCGAUAAACUGGCUUUUGUUAGUAAGCCGUCAAGGCAAGGUUCGAUUGACGAAAUGGUUCGUCACCAUUCCGCCUAAAGAAAAGGCGAAAAUUGUAAAAGAUGCGACACAGUUGGUCUUGGCGCGACGAGUCAAGAUGUGUAAUUUCCUGGAAUAUAAAGACCAAAAGAUUGUCUAUCGAAGAUAUGCAAGCUUAUUUUUUGUCGCCGGCAUCAAUCAGAACGAUAACGAACUUAUUACUCUCGAGAUUAUUCACCGUUACGUCGAAAUUUUGGAUCGAUACUUUGGCAAUGUUUGCGAGUUGGAUUUGAUUUUUAACUUCCAAAAGGCAUAUUUCAUUCUGGAUGAACUGAUUAUUGCUGGCGAACUACAAGAGACGAGCAAAAAAUCCGUGCUUCGAGUGAUAACGCAACAAGAUCAAUUCGAAGAACAAGAAGUGAAUGAACAGAAAGUAGGAUAAAGUCGCUGAGCAUCAAAUAGCAGCAACUUGGAAUCAAGUAUUCCAACGUCAUCACCUCUCUUGUCUUCCAACGUCCGGAUUCGCAAGCCUUUUCGGUUCCUAUACAGAUAAACCUAUUCCUCAAACCUCUCUCCUGUUUUACCCCGUCACAAUAAAAUAUGUCUGUAUGCAAAUCGUGGAUGAAGG